CUGCAGCAGAUCUCCGUCCCCAGGAUAGUUAUAUGACCUCUAUUUCAAUAGAAUCGCUACUCUAUCUUCGAUUAGUGAAAUUAUGGCGGAAUCCUCAGGUUCCGCCGCGGCCACCGGGCAACCUGCUUCGGCCGGGCCCUCGCCUCGGCCGCAAAACCCUGCCUUCAGGAUGAUGGGAAUGCCCAAUUUGCGCUUCAAACUCCCCUCUCGGAAUUGGAUGAUUUUUUUCACUGUGACCGGCUCUUUCACGGCAGCGCUUAUCUACGACCGCAGAGAGAAACGGCGUGCUCAGCAGAAAUGGUGUGAUCUCGUUGCACAUCUCUCUAAGGAAACUCUCCCAGUCGAGGAGACACGGCGGAAGCUUACGAUCUUUAUGGCGGCGCCCCCUGGUGACGGCCUCCGCCCUUCCCGAGAAUACUUUAAAGAAUACGUCAAGCCAAUACUCGUGGCAGCUGCUCUGGAUUACAGCGUCAUCGAAGGAAGAAGAGAAGGUGAUGUAAGAGCAGGUCUGGCAAAGAAAAUUCGGAAGUUCAGACGACAGUCUGGAGAGCCGAGUAGCGCAGAGGAAGAACAGGGAAUAGAAGACAUUGUUGCCGACGCUAGGAAGAAGAUCGGCGUGUAUGACGAGCCAGGACCUAAGGGAGACAUGGUAAUUGGACGUCAUACCUGGAAAGAAUAUGUCAGGGGCCUUCACGAAGGCUGGCUUGGUCCACUUGACCCUCCGCCACCACCCCCAGCCCCAGAGGCAGACGGAAUGAGCACCGAUGAUGUCUCUCCCGUUGCGGAGUCUACGGAAAACCAAGCCGCAUCUGAGGAGACGGAGAAAAAGAAGGACGAGAAACCGACCAAACCUAGUGGCCCAACCCCGGCAUAUAUUGCGCCUGCCGAUUACGCCUCUCAAAGUCUCCCCGCAACAUUUCCUCAGACUCUCCAAGGCUCGGCUGUGAUUCCUUUCCCUCAUAUUUUAGGGUUCUUGAAUACUCCGAUCCGCAUUUACCGUUUCCUCACCCAACGCUACCUCGCUGACAGCGUGGGACGAGAAGUUGCUGCAAUUGUUCUUGCCUCGAGCACCAGAAACUAUCAAGACGGAUCCUUGGACAUCAACUCAGAUGACUCCCUUUCACCGUCAUCUUCAUUCUCUACCUCGGACACGUCAGCUAUUGUUCUUUCCUCGACAAAUUACGAGCAACAGCACCUCCUCGAGCACGAAGAACAGGACUGGCACAAAUCGGUGCACAAGCGCGAAGAAUCAGAAGCAAACAAGGAACGCGAAUGGCUGGACGACAUUGUCCUUGAUCCUCGCAUUGCAUCGCGUAUGCAGCGAUUUACUCUUUCCCCGGACGAUGAUGCUCGUUCCGAGAGAAUCGGCCAGGGUGAGGAGUACAUCCUGGGCCAAGAGAGACCGAAGCAUAUCCCAUUUUGGAAACGCAUGUGGAUCGAAUACGGAUACGGUGAGGAUGAGGAGACCGCGAGGAGGAAGCCCAUCAUUGGCAAUUUAGAUGACGAAUAG